AUUGCAUCAAAUCGAUGCAAUUAUUCGCCGGAAGCGCGCAUUUGCCAGGGGUGAAGCAACUAAAGUUGAAUCCGUUAAAAUUUAUCAUUAAAUUUAUUAUUUAAUGCAUCAAAUCGCCUUAAGUUGAAUGAAAAGUUGUUUUUUAUUGUAAUAUAUUUUUAAUUUUUAAGUAAUCUUAAGUGUGUAUGCGAUCGUAAAAAAUAGUUCAAAUAGAUUUGUUUACAUUCAGGGUUACUGCUUACUUACGCGCAGACGACAGUGUCACGACAGAGAACAUGACCUCUUUUGAAGACUGUGUUGUAUUUGCUUCCAAAGCGUUGGGCUUGGACUUUUCUUUGAAAGACAAGCAACUUGAAACACUUCGUGCAUUAUAUAAUGGACAUGAUUGUGUCAGUUAUGCCAACUGGAUAUGGCAAAAGUGUGAUUUUCCAGUGUCUUCCAUGGCUGUUUCAGUGCAAACGAGGUCUACAAUACCCAUUAAUUACCCUUGUUGUGAGUCCUUUGACGUCAUUAAUGCAAGACCAAGUGAUGACUCUAUGUGAAAAAGGAAUUAAAGCCUGUUUUUUGAAUUGUGAAGUUAGGUACCCAUGGAAGCACUUACAAAUUAAGAGGCGAAGAAGAAAACGAUUCAGAUGAUGACCAAGAUAAAACGGAUGUCCAUGCAUCAUGUUCCACAUCCCUAAUAGAUUUGCAGAGAGGAGCGUACAACAUAAUCUACGCUCACCCUGAAACUCUGCUUAACAACAAGAAUAUCUCAUCAAUGCUGAGAUCCAAACUGUACAAGCAGAGAGUCUGUGCUGUUGUGAUUGAUGAAGUUCAUAUGAUGUCAGAAUGGGGAAUGUCAUUUCGCAAGGCAUUCAAGAAGUUGUCCGAGUUGGUAUGUAUUUUCCCCCUACCAGACACUGUGCAUCUUGCUAUGACAACAACAGCAACACCAACAGCAAUCAAAGAACUUGUAGAUGACCUACAGUUCACAGACACUACAACCAUCACUGUAAAUCCAGACCGUCCUAAUAUUAAACUUGAGAUACAGACACGCCUUCCAAACAUCAGAAAAUAUGAAAAACUGGAUGAAUUGCUGCACCCCCUAGCCCAGGAGUUGCGCGACUUGCUUACUUGUUUUCCUUUAACUAUAGUGUAUAUUAAUCAAUUAGAAGCUUUGGGUUAUUGUUAUCAAUACAUUGAAGAUUUUUUAGGUGAAUUUUCAUAUUUUCCAGUCCAUGACCCUAUCCCUGAAAACAGGUUAUUUGCUCAAUUUCAUAAAGACUAUACAAGUAAAAUGAAAGCUCAUAUAGUUUGUCAAUUACGUAAAGAAAAUCCUACAUUAAGAUUAAUAUUUGCCACUGUUCCUCUUGGAAUGGGUUUAAAUGCACCUGGCAUAUCUCGUGUCAUUCACUUUCAGCCUCCAACAACCCUUGAGAAAUAUUUACAAGAGAUUGGUAGAGCAGGUCGUAAUGGUCAACAAGCCACAGCUAUUUUGUAUUAUAAUAUGAGUGACAUUGCACCGAACAGAAAAGGUCUCUCGGAAGAAAUCAGAAAAUUUUGCUUAAAUAAAUGUACAUGUUUAAGAAAACAUCUGUUGCAAUAUUUUGGGUUUUCAAAUGUUCUUUAUUGUGGUUCACCAGAAAAUUGUUGCUCUAAUUGUCAGAAGAAGUGAAUUUGUGUAUGCUUUUUUGUUGCUUCCUACUUGUAUGAAGUAUGGUUCAUUUGUAUUUAAAAAUCUUAAUUACUGUAUUAAAGCAAAUAUGACAAUAUAAAAACUGUAUUGCAAAUGCAGAUAUAUCCUUUCAAUUGGACAUUGCCUUUGGGUAGUUGUGUUAAACAGAAAGCAAUAAAAUGUAGACAGUCUUAUUACUGCAUGCACUACAGUGUGUGUGAAUAAAUAUGCAAUAUUAUCAAAA